AAAAUGAAUUAGAAAAUUAAAAAAAAAAAUUACGCCAAGAAAAAACAAUGUGGCGAGAAAAGAAAAAUAGCAAAAUAAUUUUUUAGUUGUUUGGGUGCUAUGUUCGUGAACACAACGAGAAAAGCAAACUUAUAAUUAAAAUAAACACACACCUUAAUAACAAAAUACACUAGAAAACAAAAAAGAACUGAAUGCAAGUGCGGAAGUGUUUGAACAAAAAAAUACAACAAACAAAAAGAUUUUGCCUGCAGCAGCGGCUGCAAAAUACAACAAAUGCCACGGGCAGCAAAUGUGCAAAAGUGUAAAUAAAAUUCAAAAAGAAAACGACAAGGCGUGAAGAAAAAAAUCAAAAUUAGAAAUUAAAUUGUGAAAAAAGUAAAGAAUUGAAAAACAAAUUGAAAUAAAAUAAAUAAAUAGAAAGAACUCUAGUAGAGGGAAUAAAACUUAAAAGAUAUUGACUGUUAGCAACAAAAUUGCAGGCCAUGACGACAGCUAAAUGGAUUUGGUAUUUAGCACUAACAAUAUUCGCUUUGCUGGCGUUAAAAGUAAAUGCUGAAACACCCAAAGGAUUUGUUAGAGAAGUUUGCAAAUAUAGAAAAUUGCUACAACCUGUUAGCGAUCAUCGUCGUCGUUUAUUCGCAGUGCGUGAGCAAAUGCAAAUAAGAGCCUCUUUGCAGGGUCCGGAAAUAGAUGCUUAUAUUUUACCCUCCUACGAUGAGCAUUUAAAUCAAGAAGUUGCUUUAAGGGAUCAACGUUUAAAAUAUUUAACUGGUUUUACGGGUACAAAUGCUUUUGCCGUUAUUACCAAUAAAGGUGCUGCCAUAUGGGUGGAAAAUCGUUAUGUCCAACAAGCCGAUGGUGAAUUGGAUUGUGAUUGGGAAAUCUAUCGCUUAAAUGAUACUAUAACAAUAGCCGAUUGGUUGGAUUCUCAACUAUAUCCCAAUCAACGUAUUGGUGCCGAUCCGCACUUAGUGCCCCAUCACUUAUGGAUGAAAUGGGAAAAUCAAAUUACCGGCAAAUUGUUAGAAUUAACCAAAAUCAAUAAUAACUUAAUUGAUUUAAUAUGGAAGGCCGAAAGACCAGAACCAUUUCUGGUAACCAUACAAGUACAAGAGAAAUCAUUUGCUGGCGAGAAAUGGGAGGAUAAAGUCAACGAGUUAAGAAAACGUUUACAUCAUCAUAAUUGUGAUGCCAUGAUUGUAACGUCAUUGACAGAAAUUGCCUAUUUGCUUAAUAUCAGAGGCACAGAUAUACCCUAUACACCAGUGGUUAAGUCAUAUUUGAUUAUCAGCCAUCAGGAUAUAUUCUUUUAUGUGGAUCGUUAUAAAAUCAGUUUGGGUAUAGACUUGCAUCUACAUACCGAUUGUUUCAACGAAAUGUGUGUUAAAAUAAAAGAAUAUCAUCAAGUUUGGAAUGAUAUACGUACUUAUUCGCAAGUAUGGAAACGAGUAUUAGUACCAGCUCCAUGUGUACAAGAGCCCGGUUCAUCAGAAGCUGUAUUUUCGUCAUUUCCCUUAAAAAUAGUUUUCGAACAUAUAUCGCCCAUUAUAAUGAUGAGAGCCCAAAAGAAUUCAGUUGAGCAAAAGGGCAUGCGCACGGCUCAUAUUAGAGAUGGUGCUGCUCUCUGUGAGGCCAUGAGUAAUUUAGAAUUAAGAUUCUUUAGCGAACCAUGGACUGAGGAAAAAAUAAAAUAUGAAAUAGAACGUUCUCGUUUAUCGCAAAAAUCAGUCAAAGGUUUAUCUUUGCGUUCAGUAGUGGCGUUUGGUGAACAUUCUUCUUAUCCUUAUUAUAUUUCCAGUAAUGUUACCGAUAUCGAGGUAACUGAUCAAAAUUUGUUGGUUAUAGAAUCUGGCAGUCAGUAUUAUGAUGGCACAACCGAUGUUUCAAGAACUUUUAUAUUUGGAGAACCAACGGCGGAUAUGAAACAAGCCUAUACAAAUGUUUUGGCGGGUAUUUUAAGAUUAGCACACUUAAAAAUUCCCUCCGAUUUGAAAUUGUCUGAAAUUGAUGCUCUGGUAAGAGGUCCAGUGUGGUCAUCAAUGAAUGAUUAUCCACAGGCUACAGGUCAUGGUAUUGGAGCUUAUGGUGCUGUACAGGAACCUCCUAUUGCUGUGGCCUAUGGACAUGAUAGUCGUUUUCAUUUUAAAGAAGGUUAUUUCUUUUCAAGUGAAUCUGGUUAUUAUAAAAAUGGUGAAUAUGGUGUGCGCUUGAAGAAUGUUUUAGAAGUUAAAGAUACUGGCCGCAAACAUCCCUCCGGAGCAGAAUUUUUAGCAUUCCAUGAUGUAACAUUAGUACCUUAUGAACCAAAACUAAUUGAUAGUACAAUGUUAAGUGCCUUAGAGAAACGUUGGCUUAAUGAGUACAAUGCCAAAAUUCGACAAUAUGUUGGCGAUGAACUAAAGCGUCAGGGUAAUAUGCAGGCGUUUUACUGGAUGAUGAAUAAAACUCGUCAUAUACGUGAAUAUUUACCCGAAGAAGAAUAUCGAGCUGCCACCGGUUCUGGUACACGUACUCGUGCCUUUUUAACCAUUACUGUACCGGCCAUACUCUUGGGAUUAACGGUAUUUGGUAGUUUUUUACGUUGGCUACUUUAGAAUAAGUUUUUAAUUAGUUUUCUUUUUUUAUUUUAUGUAGUUUAAAUAUUUAGCAUAAACAUUAUUUUAAAUUUCAUUUGUUUCAAAAACAUUUUAAAUAAAAGUGAAUAGAAAUAAUGUUAAGCAAAUGUAGCUUAAUUGUAAGUCUUAGAAAAUUACUUAAUUAUGUAAAAUUGGGACCAACUAAGCUGGGAAUUUAAUAUGAAUCUGUAACUAAUGUAUAUUAGAUUAUAAUAAUUCUAAUAAUCUUAAUAAUAAUGUUAGUUAAAAUAAACCAUUUUUACGAUAAACGAAUACUAGGCAUAAGUUUACAAUUUUUAUUCUUGUAAUGUAAAUUUAGUAAUUAAGUUCUGCGAAUUACUUAAAAUGUAUUAUACUUUCAGUAAAACGAAAUAUUGAAA